AUGCAGACUUCCAUUCUCUUCAUCCUCACUACUCUACUAGCUAGCCAGGCACUCGCGAAACCUGCACCGGCACCGGUUGCGGCGCCAGUUGCGAACCCGGUCCAGGAGCUUGAUCCACGCCAAUCACCUGGCAAGUCGAACUGCGUGGAAGCUCCUGAAUGCGGCCCAGGAAACCGCGGUGCUGCUUGCACAGAGACUUGUGAUGUAGACGGUGCUGGAAGAGUAACCGAGAAAGGCACCUGUACGAACACCGCGUUCGGUGAUGCAUGCAUCUAA